AUGAUAAAUCAAAGUAUAACAGACGAUGAAGAUGCAAAUGAUCAUGGUAAUGAAGUACUUGAUUUAAGUAUAAAAAAAAGUUUACUUGUAUUACUUUCACCACCAUCGUCAACAACAUCUUCAUCCUCGUCAUCCUCAUAUUCUGCAUCAUCAGUUAUUUCAUCGCAACAAACUAUUUUAACUGGUAAACGAAUGUUAGAUUUACAUACAUCUAUUUCCUCAUCACCAAUAACAACUAAAGGUCAACAAACAAAUAAACGACCACUACGUUUUCAAUGUAAACAUUGUGAUUAUAAAGCACCAUCAACAUCAUUGAUGCAAAAUCAUAUCUAUCGUCAUACGGAUUUAACACCAUAUGCAUGUGCAUAUUGUGGUCAUAAAUCGACGACAAAAUCAACAAUUAUGGUACAUAUUGAACUUUGCCAUCCGAAUAUGGAGGUUAAAAUUAUUGAAAAUCGUGUUCGUGAACAAGAUUUUUAUCGUGAUUUAAAUAGUUCAGACAUGUCAGCAUUAUCAAAUAAAAUGCAAGAACCACAAAUAAAAAAACAACGUCAUUCAAAUCAGUAUGACAGUGAAUCAGCGCCCAUUAAUGGUGUAGCUAUAUCAUUGAAAACAAUAAUUGAUGAUGGAAAUCAAUUAUCACCAGCGAGUGAUGAAAUAUACGGCGCAGAUAAUUUUGAAUCUAUGCUUUUACCAACAUCGGAUAUUCUAGAUGAUGACAAUGAACAAUUAACAAGAUCAAGUAUUUGUGAAUCAUCACCCACACUCAAAUUCAAAUUAUCACCAUCAUCUACUCCUACAAUUGAAUCUUCAUCUAAAACUUAUAAAAAAGAAUCUGACUCUGACGAUGAGUCAGAAUAUCUUCUUGUCUACAAUCGUCCUAAACAGUAUUUUGGUUCAUUAUACGAGCCUGAUAAACAGUAUGCAUGUACAUUAUGUACAUAUACAACAAACCAUCGACCAAGUAUGGAAGAUCACGUAUAUGUACAUACCAAUGAAAAACCAUACAAAUGCGGCUAUUGUGGCGAGGAAAUUUAUACACGUUACGCUGCUACGUAUCAUAUUAAAUAUAAACAUACUGGCAUGGCACGUAACUUCAUUCAAAACAAAGCUGAUAUCACUAAGUAUUAUAUUAAUCGUGCUAAACGAGACGAUGAAAAGAAUCAAUUUAAAUUGGUUGAUACUCGUCGUGUCAAAAUCCCUUCACGUAAUGGAAAAUCAGUACAAAAUCAACAGAAUAAAAUAGAUAUUCCAACAGAACAUUCUAUGCAACGUGAACGAUCGACUUCUCCUCCUCAUCCUCCUCCUCCUCCACCAGCCCCUGCUCCAUCAGUAAAAUUAGCCCAACCAGCCAACUUACAAUUGUCUACUAUUUCAUCUAACAAUCCACGAGAGACUGCCUCAACAGAUUAUCGAUUUCUAUUAGCAUGGUCGUAUUAUUUAGCAUCGCAAGCUGCUUGGCUUUCACCUACACUUCAACAACAAGGUCAAUCAUCAUUUUCGUUACCUACUGAUCCUGAAUCAGCUGCCAAAUUUCUUCAAACUAUUGAAACAGCAAUGAAUCCUUUAGCAGCCAAACAAACGUUGAACAAUAAUCAUGAACAAACGAGAAAUCAACAUGACUUUGGAACAAAGAAUACAUCUGCUGUUGUUAAAGAUGAACUCAAUGAAUCGUAG